UUCAUUUUCACCAUACACACAUUGCGAUCGCAAUCACCUAAAGCGGUGUGGGUCUUUAGGUAGCCAUUUUUUUUUCUGUAAAGUUUGUUUUUUUACGUUGUUUAUAGAAAAUACAUCCGUUUAGUUAUGUCCGAAGCUGCAUCAAACGACAGUGAAGCAUGGGCAUUGUUAUCUUUAAAAUCUGCCCCGUCCAGUCCUACAAAAAUUGUAUGGAGUCCGGAACCAAAUGCAGCCGCUAUUGCCAGAUUAGAAGGAAAGGAAUUCGAGUAUAUGAUCAGACAGCACCGAAUUAGCAUAGGCCGAAAUAGUAGCCGCGGUGAAGUAGAUGUAAACAUGGGACAUUCUAGCUUUAUUUCAAGAAAACACUUGGAAAUUUAUUUUGAAAGUCCAUGUUUCUUUAUGAUCUGCCACGGAAAGAAUGGAGUAUUUGUCGACGGUGUGUUUCAGCGGAGAGGUGCACCUCCGUUACAAUUACCGCGAACGUGCAUUUUUAGGUUUCCUAGUACAAAUAUAAAAAUAGUAUUUCAAUCUUUAAUUGAUGAAAGCAGUCCUCCUCGGCGUUCCAUACGUGAAUUUAUGCCUCAAAAACCAAUGACACCAUUAAGGAUAAAAAUACCUGACUCAGAUAUUCCUCAUUUACCUGGUCCGGAAGCUCAUUUCAUGAGUCCAGCACCUUCACCGACUGGUACAAUAAGUGCUGCCAAUUCUUGCCCUGCUAGUCCCCGAGGUGGCAUGGGAAAGAGAAACAUCACUAGCGAUCUACAAAUGGUGGCUGCAUAUGCAGCUGUAGCUGCUACAUCCAUAAAUGAUAAGACUGAACCGAAAAUUCUCUCAAACAGUAACAACAACAAUAAUAACGAUGGACAAUUUACAAACAAUAUUGGAUCUGGCAAAGAUGAUAAACCUCCCUAUUCUUAUGCACAGCUUAUUGUGCAGGCUAUUUCUUCAGUGCCAGACAAGCAAUUGACUCUUAGUGGAAUUUAUUCAUAUAUUACGAAGAAUUAUCCAUUUUAUAGAACAGCUGAUAGAAGCUGGCAGAACUCCAUCCGUCACAAUUUGUCUUUGAAUCGUUAUUUUGUGAAAGUGCCAAGAUCCCAAGAAGAACCUGGUAAAGGUUCUUUCUGGAGGAUUGAUCCUCAGUCUGAAGCGAAACUUAUUGAACAAGCAUUUAGAAAAAGACGGCAAAGGGGUGUUCCUUGUUUCCGGCCUCCCCCAUAUGGAGGUCUGGCAUCUAGGUCAGCCCCAGCCUCUCCUACCCAUGGAGGUAUGAGUGGCCUGGUAACCCCAGAUUCAUUAUCUAGGGAACCUAGCCCUGCCCCUGAAAUGCUUAAUCAAGACUCUGAGGUCAAUUCAUCAUAUACCUCAAAUCUUCAGUUUUCAUCAUCUAGAACCUUCUUACCAGUUCAUGUGGCAGAGUCUAGGCAGAAUUUGUCAAAUCCGGGAUCACCUGGAAGCUACAUGAACAAUAAUUCAGCUCCACAGAACAUAAGCAGUAGCCUGCAGCCAUCAACCCAUUACAUAAAGCCAAGGGUUUAUUUUCCACAGCCUUUAAAUAUGAUUAGCAAUGGUGUUAUAAAUAAUGGAACAUAUGAGGAUCAUCAUGGGUGUGAAAAGCUGUAUGGACAGUUGAUGUAUUCUCACAGAAACACAGAGCCACAGCCAGUUGAUUCAACUCGCAUCAACCAACAGCCAAGUGUCAUCAUGCAAGCUCCACCCUCUCUGCCGGGAAGUACCUUCAGUCCACCAUCAUCUACUUCCCAUCCCAGCUCCACCACCAUGGAAGCCCCUCCUACCUUCAUGCAAAUGCUGAACAUGCCUGAAAAUGAUACAGAGUCCGAACAAAUGAGGUUGCAUGACAAAAGUUAAUUUUUAAAUAAAACACUGAGAAAUUUUUAAUCAGGGAUAAAUUUGUACGUUUCACAUAUCUCGAAGUUAGAUUGUAAGUUCAUUAAUUCUUCCUUUUAAGUUUUGAAAACAACACGAUUUUUUUUAUAUUUAUUAAAAACAUAAAAUGAGCAAAAUCAAAUAAUAAUCUUUAGAUUUAUUUUUAAAAAGUCUAUCUUUUCUCAUGAAUAUUAUUCUCUUUUAUUAAUUGCAGCAGAUCUCUGUUAAAAAAUUUCAACAUGCUUAAUUAUAUUCAAAAUUCCUUUGAAUUACAAAUGCAACUUAUAGAUUUGUUAUUUGAAAGGAAUUUAUCUAGCUUAUAUUAAUCUGUUUUAAUUUUGCAUAGUAUUUUUACUUGAACUUCCAUUGUUCAAUUAAUGAAACUAUUAAUUUUUGACUGUCUAAGAAUAAGACUAAUUGAUUGUCUAAAACUAAGACUAUUUGAGUGUCUGAGACUAUUUUAUAAGUGGACUAAAUCUUUCAUAAAUUGAAUGCACUUAUCAUCUUUAUCGUGUAAAUCGCUUUUCUGGAAAAAGGAAUUUAUAGAAUAGAUCUCAUAAACUUUUUUGUCUAAACAUGAAAAAAUACUGCUUUGCUAAUGCAGAGCUUUGUUUAAAAUAACCGAGGAAGUUAAUGAAGCUUUCAUAAAAUUCGAAUUUUCAAUUUCCAAAUAUUAUUUUUUGUUUUAUUUAAAAUUACAAUUUUCUUUUAAAAAUUACUUUUUAUGUUUAAAAUUUUACAUAUCUUAAGUAUUGGAACAUAUUGCUUGAUUGAUUUCCCUCUUUGCAUGUUAUUAAUAGAGGCCUGGAUAUAUGAAUAAUUACAUUAUUAAAAACAAAAUUCUUGUUGAAGAAUUUUAAAGCUUGAACAUGCCAGGAUACUGUUGGCUUUUAAUACGAAAAAUUAUUUUUAGUAUUUUUAGCUUUUUAUUAUUUGAUAUUUACAUAAACACUUUAUGUGUUUACGGUUUUCCAACCCAAAAAACUAUUAUGAUGGUUUAUUCCAUAUAAGAGGGGCAAAAUAACGAUUCAUUCUCUGGCCCCUAUUUUGCAUAGCCAAAUGCUAGUCACUAUAUUACUUUCAUUAAAAUAUCAAGAAAUAAAUGCUUAUAGACAAAUAUGUAAGUACUGUUCAAGUUGUGUAUGAUUGCAAUAUCAGUAAGAUUGUACCUUUCUGCAUGCCUGAUGCUGUUGUUUUAUUGUUAUUAUAGCGACAUAUCUACUUGGUAGUAAGUGCUUUAUUAUGCUAUUGUUGUAGCAAUGCUUGUUUCUCAUAAUUGAAAUUGUUUGUUAGGUUGCAAAUAUGUUAAUUAUUAAUCUAAAGAUUAGUAUUACAAGCAUUAGGAUGUAAUGUGGAUAAAAUUUAAUUGUUAAAAAAAUCCUCAGUUUUUUUUAAAUUAAUUUUUAAAAAUGGCAUAUUUUUAAAACUGAUGCUUUUGAUUUAUGUGUUUGUAUUAUGCAUUUAUCACUUCAAAUUUUUAUUUAUAAAUCUUGUGUGUUAACUUCUUUAAAUAAGUUAGUCUUAUCAGGAAAAUAGCAUUAAAUAAUGCAUAACAAACUAAUAGUGCAAUUUCUUGGAUCAUCAUUUAAAAAGGUUUUCUGGGCUCUUACAUUUUUUGGAAUAAUAAUUUUUUGUGUAUAUGUCAUAGAAAUGUUUUUAAUAGCUUUUGGGCAUUUAUUAUUCAAAAUAGGAAUAGUGUUUACUAUUUUAUGCCUUUAAAUUUAAAUCUUGCAAAAGAAUUUAUUUUUAAUUAUGAAGUCUUAGACAUAAUUUAAUUCAUUUAUUUAUGUCAAGAAUUAUAAAAUAUUGACAUUCUCAUAAUACUCCUGUCAAAUUGUUGAUUAUUUUACAAAUAUUUUCAAUCUUCAUGAAAUAGUGAUUAAAAAUGUAAGCUUGUUCUCUAAUUUUUUUCUUGUGAUUUAAUUACAAUUAUAAAUAAUAAUUGUCAUCUAUAAAACUAAAUAAACUUCUGUUAAUCAGCUGAAAAUUAUUAACAUAUUGGUGGAGUUCUUCCAGAUAUAAAUAAAAAAUUAUCAUUUAAAUUUAAAAAUAUUUUUAAAUCAUAGAAUCUUUAAAUACAUAAUUAUUAAUUUAAAAAUAUUUUUCCGAUAAGAUGUAUUGUUUAUUUUUCAUAAGAUGAUCCAAAAACUUGUAUUAAAUUCUAAUUCCUUUUCCUUUAAAGUAAUAAAGAAAAAUUGGAAUACUGUAUCCAUUUCAAAAUUAGAAAUUUUGUUUUAAAACAAAAACACAAUUCUGAAUACUGCUAAUAUAAAACUUAUAGUAAGGAUAUAGUGACACAGUUGCAAAAAAUGAUUUAUUAGCCUGUAAAAACUAAAAGCACACUGAUAAAAUAUAGUUUUAGAUUUGAACAUGUGGGACUUUUUGAUGCUUAUUCUGUUAAUGUAAAAUAUAUAUAUAUUUUUUAAUUUUAUAGUAAAAUCGAAAUACUCAUACAUUUUUUCUAAAAAAAAAUUGUAAGCAGCCAUCCCUCCUCCCCCCCCCAAAAAAAAAAUACAAAUAGUCUUUAUAAUUUUGUUAUAAACUGAAAUGUGGUUUCUCUCUUUAAUUAUUUGUAAAGUUAUCCAUACAAAACUUUGAAUUGUAUGAUUUAAACAUUGUUGCUCAUGAUUUUUAACCGAUUGAAAAGUAAUGAAUUAAAAUGACCCAGAAUUAUGUUUUAUAUGAAAAGAAUUUGGGCAAUUAGAAAUUUUGAAUUUACUGAUAAUAGUUUAAAACGUAUAUUAGAAAGGAGAGGACUUAUUACAUACAACUAGAAAUUUAAAAGAUUUACACAUUAUAGCAAGUAUAUUGUUUAUAUAUUUGGAGCAAUCUUUAUAUUGCAAAAUAUGUAUGAAUUAUGACUUGAUAGUUGCAUAUAAACUAAUGUGAAGUUUUGCAUUUUAAUUAUGUGCUCAAUUCAAACAAAAUUUAGAAUAAGUUCACACAAAUUAUGAUUUUAGCCUCGCAAAAUCAGUUUUUCAUGUAAAGGUUAUUUUUUAUGACAUUCUUAUUUCAAAAUAUAUGUAUACCUUUUGCUUCUUGUUUCUUUUGAUACAUUGGAUCAUUUUAAAAUAAGUAUCUUUUUAAAAAUAUUAUUAACUUUGUGCUUAAAUAUAUUUCAAGUAAGGUUAUCAUAGCCAUGUUUAAAAUUAAUUUAAAAUAAUUUGAUUCUUUAAUUUUUUUACCAUAGUUAUUUUUAUUUUCGAAAUUAUUUUGUGCCAAUAGUAAUCUUAUGUGUUGAUGUAUAUAAAAUUAUGCAUGUGAAAAUUAUUGAUCAUGAUUUUUUAUGUUUAAAAAUAUUAUAUAGUGUUGAUUUAAUUCCUUAGUAUGUGCAAUUCUUUUCAAAUAUUGUUGCAUUUUACUGAAGAAAUUACAUUAAAAGCUUUUAGUUCCUAUUUUCCCUGCUACUGAAAGGUGGCUUGUGAAUCAGAUCUGUGAUUCACAGAUUUUGAUUUUAUGGUUGUGUUUGCAACUAUAUCUGUUGUGAAUGAAAGUUAAUUGUAAACUUAUAAUUAUGUUAUUAAAUUGUGUAAAAAUAUUGUCAGAAUUUCUUAAUCAUCUGUACUUAUGACAUGUCCAUAAUUUUUUUUAACACAAAACUAGCUACAAGAGUUUAGAGUAUAAGUGUGCUUCAUAAUAAUAAUAUUGUUGAAAGAAAUAUUUUUUAACUCCAUACAAGAUAUAAAUAUUCUAUAAAAUGUUAAAAUGAGUGCUAAUCUAAAAUAAAUUUUAAUAUAUACAUAUAUAAUAUAGCAUAAUAUAUAUACAUUAAUUAGAUUAAUUAUUUUGAAUAGAAUUUUGUUCUAAACUUGCCUUAAAUGAAAUGUACAAAUUUUAUAAAUUAUAGUAUAACAGGGUAUUUAUUUUUGCACUUUGAUUACAAAAGAUUUAUUUAAAUAUCAUAUGUUAAUUUAUAUUUAAAAAAAAAAUUUUUUUUUGAUGAAACAGUUUGUGAUGCCUUGCGAAAUAUUUUCAUAUAAAUAUCUCUUUCCUAUUAUUUACAAAAGUAAAAUAUAUAUAUACUACAAUCUGAUUAAAGACUUCUAUAAUUAUUAUAUAUAUUUGGUUCUGUAACAUUGAAAAAACAGUGAAGAGUUAUGUAAAGGCAUGCAGUUCAAAUAUAAUUUGUAAUGGAAUAUGUUGAGAAUUUAUGCAAUGUACUAUUGAUAUACUAAUGCUUACUUUUGAAGCCAAAUGGGUGAGAGAAAAUUCUGUGUAUUUUGUGGAGUGGAUCUUGCCAUUAAAAGGAUAGCCUCAAAAUCCAUUCUCAAAGUGCAUUGAACUCAGUAAAUUAUGAAGUGUACAGAAAAGUUAGAUAUUUUAUUGUAGAUUUCUUAUUCAUUGUUGAUUUUAUUUGUUAACUGCUGAUAAUAUUGUUAUAGUAUUUCUUUUUUGUUUAAUAUUUUGAAUUUAGAACUUUUGUUUUAGAUGCUCAUGUUUUAGUGAUGCUAAGAAAUUGUGUAUACUUGUUAUCAGAAUAUUUACAUCGACUAUAGUGUAAUUUGUUUUAUGCAGUUUAUAUGUACGAUUUCCUAUGUGAAAAAGAUUGGAAAUAAGAUUAUUGCAGAUUUUAAAAGCUAUAUUUUUUCAUAUGCACCAAAGCUAAUAAUUUUCUAUUCUGAAAGAUAUAUAUAAGUAAACCAUUGGUAGAGUGCCAUUAUUAGUUUAAAAUGUUAUGAUAUAAAUGUAAUUCUAUAGUUUGAACGAUUAAAUUAAUCCUGUAUUACAAAAAAAAUUAAUAAAUUUCAAAUAUUUUUACAAAAACUUCAUACAAAAAGAAAAUAGCUUUUUAUAAUUAUUUGUAUUAAAGAAAUGUAGCUGAAAUUCAAAAAUCCAUUCAUGAUCAUCAAAUCAAAAUUUCAUUCAACAUCUAUAAUUGAGUCAGUCAUUAAUCACAUUUUAUAAAAAUUGCACAUUGUAAUAUCUAGUCAUCAAAUGCGACUAAAUUUUUUUUAAUACUUUCAGUUAUUUUAUGAAACAUUUGCUCUUAUGCUCAUAAUAUGUGUCAAUAAUGCUUUUCAUUUAUAAGGUCUGCUAUUAACCUUAGUUUCAAGACUUGCAAAGGAUGAAUGUUUUGCAUUCUACUGUUGAGUAGAAUUUUGAAUGUUUUCUUUAUUGAAAUAGCAUUCCAUUUUUCUGUGCCUCUGUAGCAUUGCUAAAUUUUUAAAACUGUUUAAUCUGUGUUACAGAUUUUGAAAUUUUAUUGACAUUUUUUUGAAUUGUUUGAAAAUAAAGUACAACUAUGUCUCUGAUAA